AGAAAAUACCAUUGCGCAGAGCCUGGCUGUAACAAAAGUUUCACUACCAGCGGGCAUUUAGCACGACAUAACAGGAUUCAUACAGGAGAAAAGAAUUUUCCUUGCUUAUUUCCUGGUUGUCAAUCUAGAUUUUCACGUCAAGAUAACAUGAUGCAACAUUAUAGAACGCAC